AUGGCGCAGGAGUUCAAGCUCAAGGGCAUCGAUAAGCUUGACUUGCAAGAUCUCGAGAAAAGAGAAGUGGAGGUCGAAGGCAUUGACGGUGGGAAAGUCCUCCUGUGCAAAGUCGGCGGCCAGGUGACUGCACUGAAUGCCAACUGUACACAUUAUGGAGCGCCGUUGAAGUUGGGUGUCCUGACGCCGGAGGGAAGAUUGACGUGUCCCUGGCAUGGAGCUUGCUUCAACGCACGCACCGGAGACGUCGAGGACUCCCCCGCUCCGCUCUCCCUGAACGCAUUCGACGUUAUCGAGAAGGACGGCGGAGUAUACGUCAAGGGUAAAGAGGCAGACAUCAAGGGCGGAAAGAGAACAGUCAAUAUCAAGACUACUCCUUCUUCUCAGGAAAAACUUGUCAUCGUGGGAGGUGGAUCAGGCACAUUCGGCGCCCUCCUCAAACUGCGUGAACUCGGCUACAAAGGUCAUAUCACAGUGAUUACCAACGAAGGCUACCCGAUCGACCGGACAAAACUAUCCAAAGCCCUAAUCACCGAUCCUACGAAGCUUUAUCUGCAGCCUGAAGACUGGUACUCGGGAGGCUCGAUAGAAUUCGUGUCUGACACGGUCACCUCGGUUGACUUCGAUGCCAAAACUGUCCAAACCAAGAUUGGGAAGUCUCUUCCAUACACGAAACUCAUCCUCGCCACAGGUGGCACACCACGUCAACUGCCUCUCCCAGGCUUCAAGGACAACCAGCUAAGUAACAUCUUCCUUCUCCGGCAGGUCAACGAUGUGCAAAACAUCAUGAACGCCGUGGGCGACAAGGGUAAGAAGAUUGUCAUUGUCGGCUCAAGCUUUAUUGGUAUGGAAGUUGGAAACGCCCUGGCCAAAGAAAACUCGGUAAGCAUCGUGGGCAUGGAAUCCACGCCGCUCGAGCGCGUCAUGGGCAGCGAGGUGGGCAAGAUAUUCCAGCGCAGCCUCGAAAAGAAUGGCGCAAAAUUCUACAUGAACGCCGGAGUCGAUUCCGCCUUGCCGGCAUCCAAGCUCGCUGAUACCGUCGGCUUAAGCUCUGUGGGUGCCGUGAAGCUGAAAGAUGGCACCGAACUCGAAGCCGAUCUUGUGAUUUUAGGGAUCGGCGUGUACCCUGAAACGACAUACCUCCGCAACAAUCCAAAAGUACAACUCGAAAAGGACGGCAGUAUUGCUGUCGACGAAAACUUUGCCGUCAAGGGUCUGCAGGACGUCUGGGCCCUCGGCGACAUCGCAACAUACCCUUACCACGGGCCUGGAGGAAAUGGCACCCCCGUCCGCAUUGAACACUGGAACGUUGCACAGAACAUGGGCCGCACCGUGGGCCAGUUGAUCGCUCAACCAGGCAGCAAGCCGAAGCCGUUCAUCCCCAUCUUCUGGUCCGCCCUCGGCGGCCAGUUGAGGUACUGCGGCGCCACGCCCAACGGGUGGGAUGAGCUGGUGUUGAAGGGCGAGCCUGAGAACAGCAAAUUCGCGGCAUUCUACUGCAAGGGCGACACGGUGGUGGCCAUGGCUAGCAUGAUGAUGGACCCCAUCAUGGUCAAAUCGGCCGAGUUGAUGAGGCAUGGCAAGAUGCUGAGCAAAAGCGACAUUCAAGGUGGCAAGGAUGUCCUAGAAGCGGCUUUGGAAUGA